AUGAGUACCCUUGAUACCAAUCCUGGAUCAAACAACGCAGAAGGAUGGCAUACGCGUGCUACCGAAUCGACUUCUGUUACGGCAUCUUCCUUCGACCCCAAGGCAGAAGAUAUCCUCGCAACGUUUUUCUAUGACGCAAAAGGUUCAGGAGAUGGCUUCACGAUGGCGUUGAUGAAACCUAAUAUCGCAGUCGAUGCCGCUGGAAGAAUCCUGACUGUAUCCCCUGGCGACUUUGUGGGGUUGCAAGAAGUAGUAGAUGCUGUUAAACGUCUACCUCAGACCGACGAGUGGGGAGGGCAAUGGAGAAUCAAACAAGCCAGGACUUGCUUUGGGAUAUACCCAUCUCCCUCAAGAACUAGGACUCUUGAUCAAAUUAGCAAGAGAAGCAAGGGAAGGCUAUACCAGGGAUCAGCGAGAAGAGAGUGUCAUUCAGAGGAUAUUAGCGUUGUAGUAGUAUAG